AUGGAAGCUGUGAAAGUGGAACCUGUGAAAGCUGUGUGGGAUGGUACUGCCGAACAAGUUCAGCUUGGAAAUAGGACAACCAAAUUCUUGAGUGCUACCGGAUACAAGAAUUUAGUGGCAGAUUUCAAUGCUCAGACCGGAAGAAACUAUGAGAGGAAGCAGCUGAAAAAUCGUUGGGACGAUUUGAAGGCUAUUUAUUCGGCGUGGGUGUUCUACAACAUUAAGGCAACUGGACUUGGAUGGAAUGAAGAAACACAAACCAUAAUAGCUGAUGAUGAGCAGUGGGUGGAAUUGAUCAAGCCAAUUAAAGCAUUCCGCAAGGGACCAUCGGACAACUUGGAAUUGAUGCAUAUUAUGUUGGAUAAGGCUAAUGUUGAUGGUACCACAUCCGUUAUGCCGGGAGUGGAAGAGGUAGCUGCCAUUCAGGUUGAAGAAGAUGUGGUUGAUGUGGAUGAAGAAGAGACUGAGACUCCUACUCAAGACUAG